AUGGAAGAUUCACCAGCUAAGGUUCAAGUUUACGUAUAUGAUUUAUCAAAAGGAUUAGCUAAAUUAUAUAGUCCUAUGUUAUUAGGUUUUGAAAUUGAAGCAAUAUAUCAUACAUCAGUAGUUGUAAGAGGUCAAGAAUACUAUUUAGAUCAAGGUAUUAAAAAAAUUCCAAUUAAAAAUCAUCAUUAUAAAUAUGGACAACCAAUUGAAAUACUAGAUAUUGGAGAAACUUUUAUUGAUGAUUCAAUUAUAGAAGAAUUUAUAACAGAUUUAAAUAAUCAUGAAGAAUUAAAAUAUGAUGCUAAAAAUUAUGAUUUAUUUAAAAAUAAUUGUAAUCAUUUUACAAAUACUUUAAUUGAAUUUUUAUGUGAUGAAAAAUUAAAUGAAAAAAUAUUAAAUUUACCUGAAAUUGUAUUAGCAAGUCCUGCUGGUUUAAUGUUACAACAAAUGAUACAAAAUAAUGCGUAA